AAUUUCAAUUAAAUCUGUUUUUAAGCAGGGACUUUCAAAUAAAUAUUGUCUAAAUAUUAUGCCAAUAAACAUGAUCACAGUUGUGUUGAAAUGAAAUUAGUUGGUGAUAGAAAAAUGAAAGGUAUUCUUAAGGUGUUGAUGCUGAAGCAUCUCGUAGUGCGGAUGCGAAGGUUCAUCAGUACGGCUGUGGAACUCAUCUCUCCUGCUGUCUUCUUUAUUCUCCUUUAUGUAUUUAAGGAUUAUAUUAAUCAACCAGUACAUACACAUGUUCAAAAUUCCGUCAAUGUAUAUAAGCCAGAGCCUGUACCCCUGGCUAGCAUCAGGGGACCAUGGUUGGUAUUCUACACUCCAGAUACCGAAGUUACAGGCCAGCUCAUGGACAAAGUUGCAGGGAAACUAGGAUUAUCACGACUAAAAAACUUUCCUGUUAGCCUGACAGGUCGCGGAUACUACCCCAUUCGGGAUGAGGCAGAACUCAAUGACUACCUCAACAAUAUUGAUGAUUCACAGGCGCUAGUCGUGUUUCAGAACAUGACGGGUGAGUGGCCAAAACUCCUCAACUACACCAUUCGCAUGAAAAAGGAUUUUAUGACACACAUAUAUAAUCCGCUCGAUGGUGGUAUGGAACCGCAUCAAGCAUUCGGUUUAAUUUACGAGACAUUUAUGCGUCUACAGUGGGCGAUCGAUACAAGCUAUUUGCAAUUGAUGGGAAUCGAUGUCAAACAAAAUGUAACCCUGCAAGAGUUCCCAUUCGUGAAGACGAACAGUAACAUGAACACAGUGAUCAGCGUGCUGGUGGAGGCGCUGAUGGUGCUCUGCUGGUUGUCUCUACUGCUGGUCUUCGUGUUCCUCAUGGCGCGCCUGCUCGAUGAACGGACUACUGGCAUUGAGGAAUUAGUCAAAAUGGCUGGCGUGUCCAGCAAUAUGUUGGCACUGUCCCACUUUCUGAACGUGGUACCGGUGGGCAUUGUGUACUGCGUGAUAGACGCCGUGCUGCUCACAGCCUCCACUAACCCAGUGCUCAUCUCCAGCACAGGGUUGAUCUGUCUGAUGCUGGCGCUGCACUUCAUCAGUGUGAUAGCUAUGGCCUUCGCCUGCAGUUAUUUUGUCAAGAACAAUCAGUACGCGGUAACGCUGUCAAUGUUCGCGUACACUGCGCUAUGGAUACCGGCUCGUGUGGUAUCCGGUCGGCGACCACCUCGUGCGCUGCUGCCCCUCACAGCGCUGCUGCCUCAUCAGCCAAUGCAGCUCUUCUGGGAGGAGAUCGCGGCUCUGGAAAAGUACGGUCAUGGUCUGACGUUCAGCAACAUGGCGCUGACGCACGGCGAGCACAGCAUGUCGGCGCUGCUGUGUCUGGUGUUCCUGGCGCUGCAGAGCGUGCUGUUCGCCAUGCUGACCUGGUACCUGGCGCUCGUCAACCCUGGACCCUACGGACAGGCGCUGCCUUGGAACUUCAUGUUUAAGCGUUCGUUCUGGAGCGAGCACAAGGUGGCUCCAGGAGUGGAUGCAGGGUCGGAAGGUGUGGUGGAGAGUGAGGAGCUGUCGACGUCGCUGGCAGCUGAUCCGCUGUACUUCGAACAGGUGCCCAAAGAUCUCGAGCCUGGCAUCAAAAUUGAUAAUGUUACUAAGGUAUUUGGUAAGAAUGUGGUACUUUCCAAUGUCUCGUUGGAUAUAUACAAGGGCGAGAUCACUGUGCUGUUGGGACAUAAUGGUGCAGGCAAGACCACCCUCAUGAAUAUUAUCACGGGUAUGAUCAGUGCCUCAUCAGGCAAGGUCUACGUUGAGGGUCUGGACACUGCGACUCAGCAGGAAGAUGUGCGGAAGACUCUCGGUCUCUGUCCUCAGCACAACCUCUUCUUCCCGGACCUCACUGUAUUAGAACAUGUCAUGUUCUUUACAAUGCUCAAAGGUUUCUCAUACCACGAAGCGAAGGUGGAAUCGAAGCAGCUGCUGGAGAAGCUGGGCCUGUACGAGAAGGCAGGCAGCAGGAGUGCGCAGCUGUCUGGUGGUAUGCGGCGUCGCCUGCAGCUGGGCUGCGCACUUGCUGGUGGUGCACGUGUACUAGUGCUGGAUGAACCCACCUCCGGACUUGAUGUAGAGACACGGAGAGAACUGUGGGAUCUGCUGCUUUCACUGCGCGGUUCCCGCACUGUGCUGCUGACGACACACUUCAUGGAGGAGGCGGACGCGCUGGGAGACCGCGUGGCUGCGCUACAUCUCGGACGUCUGAGAUGUCAUGCCACCACCAUGCAUCUCAAGCGGGCUCUUGGUACUGGUUAUCGUCUGUCGUUCACCACAAUUGGCAUACCAAAAGAGCCGGCCAUCACCAGCACAGUUCAGAGUGUGGUGGCAGAUGCAUCCAUGAGGGAGCAGAGCCUCAACUCCAUCACCUACAACCUGCCAGCUAAAGACACCUCCAGGUUCCCCCAACUCUUCACAGUAUUGGAGUCCAAGAGAUCAGAAUUAGCGAUAGACUCGAUUGGUGUGGGCAUUUCUACAUUAGAAGAGGUGUUUUUGAAAUUAUGCAGCGAUGUAGAAACUACAUUUACUGAAGACACCGUGGAUACUGCAGCUCUCGAUGCGACGCAGGUGAAAGUGCGCGGCGCUGCGCUGUGUCUGCGCCAGCUCCAAGUGCUGCUCAAACGGCAAUUCAAAUAUAUGAUGUCCAAAAAACUGUCUAUAUUAAUACUGCAAGUGAUAAUGCCGAUCUUAACACUUGUAAUAUUCACUUACGUAACCGUGGAUGUGGAGCCCGACAUAGCAAGUGACAGCGGCGCUCGUCUGCAUCUCUCCAUGUACGACUUACCCGAACCUCGUCUCCUCUACAGCAUCAACACUAGCGCCCCCAUCGCUCUACGGACAUUAACUGAUAGAUACAGUGAUGUCAACUUUGAACCCACUUCGGAUGUUGUUAACUCUCUCGUUCAAUACGGCAAAGAAGAUAUCAUGGAGUAUAACAAAUACAUUGCUGGAAUUGAAAUCAACGACACUGAUGCUGUUGUAUUGUACACUACCCGUGUACGUCACGCCGCACCCAUCGCACUCAACUUGUUGAGCAACAUGUUGUCUGGUGCGCCGGCGCAGGCUGAAGUGGUGGCGUACAACCAGCCGCUGCACGGCAAGGCGGGCCCCGCGAGACAGAACCUGGUGCAGCCAAAGUCACUCAUUAUGUCUGUUAUGUGGGCCACUGUUGUUGUAUUUGUUGUGCUGGCUACGAAUUUAAACCUGGUGUCGCUGCCGUGCAAGGAGCGUGAGUCUGGUGCACGUCACCUGCACGUGCUGGCGGGGUGCGCGCCCGCACUGCACUGGGCGAGCACGUUGACUGCGCACGCGACGCUCUGCACGCUCACACUACUACUGCCAGCGAUCGUUGUUGCCGCUAUCUUUGAUACCGAACGCACGCUAACACAACCUGACUUUCUAGGUGCGAUGUUUGUGGUGCUGAUGCUGGGCAGUCUGGCGUUCUUCGCCUUCAUGUACCUCGUCAGCUUCUACUUCGGAGAGCGCGGCGCCAGCACACUGCUAGUCGCAUGCAUCAUCAUAUUUGGUUUCUUAACAACAUCAAUGAAGAAAGCAUCAGAUUUCUUCAAGGAGAAGCAGGAUAUGGACUUUUCGUACUAUUUGCUGGUGUUGUGCGGUUGGAUAGCGCCACCACAUACCUUCACCAUCGCCGCAAUGAAGACAGUCAAUGUGGCGCGUCUCAAUGCAUAUUGUGUACUCAACAGACAACAUUGUCCAGCACUCUUCGUUAUGGAAGAUGGAUUUGAUGCUGUCACAUGUUGCCAAUUGAACCUCAACCCCCGCUGCUAUUUCUGCAUCGACGAAUACUCGCCCGCGGAGUCCAUGAUCAUUAUGUUCUGUCAAUUCGUCGGAUUUAUGACGUUAGUAAUACUAACCCAGCACGGUGUAUUCAACCGUCUGGCAGACAGAGUGUUCAACAGACGGUACCGAGUUCGUGGUGUACAUGCGCCAGCUGACGACCUCGUGCGCGCUGAGGGCACCUACGUCAGCAAGGCUAUUGCAUUGCCACCGGAUCAGAUCCAGGAUGCGAUGCUGGUGGACGACUUACACAAGAACUACGUCCAGUUCAUCAGGAAGUCAACAAAUGCUGUCAAGGGUAUCAGCUUCUCUGUCAAAAAAGGUGAAUGUUUUGGCUUGUUGGGUGUGAACGGUGCGGGAAAGUCGACUACAUUCAAGAUGUUAACUGGUGAGGAAUGUCCCACACGCGGCACCAUCUUCGCUAAUGGACAUCACAUCGACAAAAAUCGUACCAAAUAUCUCCGCUCGCUGGGAUACUGUCCUCAGUUCUUCGGUCUGGAUGAGUUCCAGUCGGGCUACGAUAACCUGGCGCUGGUGCUGACACUGCGCGGACUUGCAGCACACGACGUAAAGACUGAGGCUGAUAACUGGAUUGAGAUUGUAGGUUUGGAGCAGUACGGGUCGCGGUUGGUGUCGUGCUACAGCGGGGGUAUGUCGCGGCGUCUAGGGGCGGCGGCGGCGCUGUGUGGGGGCGGGGCUGGGGGCGUGGCCGGUGGCGCUGGGGGCGGGGCUUCGCGCGUCACGCUACUAGACGAGCCCACCGCGGGCGUGGACGUGGCCGCUCGCCGCCGCGUAUGGGCCGCCAUAAGACACGGCCUCGCUCAGCGUCGCGCCACUCUCGUCACCUCGCACAGUAUGGACGAGAUGGAAGCUCUAUGCUCUCGGAUAGCAAUAAUGAACCACGGCCGUAUCCGUGCGCUGGGCUCUGCUGCAGCACUGCGAGCUGCACACGCAGCCGGACACGCUGUACAACUCAAACUACGCUCAUCUACAGACGUGACGGACGGAGGUGUGUCAGAGUUACAGCGGCUCAAGUCAGAGCUACAUCAGAAGUUCAACUGCGAACUCAAAGAUGAGCACAAGACAAUGUUACACUAUCAUAUAAACGAUACGAUGCGCUAUAGCGAGCUAUUCAACGAACUUGAAGCUCUCAAGAACUCUAACGCCAUUGUCGAAGACUACUCAGUCUCCGAGACCACGCUAGAAGAAGUCUUCUUAGCAUUCGCCAAGGAGACCGAAGACCAGGAGAUCCGCGCCACGCCAGUAUAAAUGCAUCGAUUCUAAGACUGUACACGAGAUGUUAGCUUGCUUCAAAAAGACCAAAGACCAAGAGUUCUGAUCAGACACAUCGUCUUAAUUACUCGGCUCGAGGAGGGGAACCUGGUCUUCGCAUGAGACCAAAGACCGCGAUAUCUGCACCACAGUCUAAAUUCAUUGCCUCAGCAACCUCUGCACUUUAUCCACUAAGACCACAGUACCGAGUAUGGUCUUUGUCUUAAAAACUGUGGUCUAACUAGAAGACCGAAGAUCGUAAUAUUAAAAAGAGUCUUUAAGACAAGCAGUGAUAUUUAAUUUUUUUUUAAUUGAAUUAUAU